UGGAAAGACUGCAAUGUAGGAGAUGGGCUCGGUGGACAGGCUCGUACGAUCGUCGGAGAAGUGUUUCCCGUGUGGGCAAGCUAACAAACAGAGUUAAGGCAUUUGUCUGCGUGUUCUCCCACGCGUUUUGUGUGCUCGUUUUUUUUAUUUUUUAUUUUUGGUACAAAAGUCGUCGCUGACUGUUAUUGUCAGAGUUAAUUUUCACGGAUAAACUUUCCAGAGGAGUAUCAGCGAGCUAGGAGGUGUCAGGAUGGCCCAGUGGAACCAGUUACAGCAGCUGGAGACCAGGUAUCUGGAGCAACUGUACCACUUGUACAGUGACAGCUUCCCCAUGGAGCUACGGCAGUUCCUUGCCCCCUGGAUUGAGAGCCAGGACUGGGCUUAUGCUGCCAAUAAGGAGUCACACGCCACACUGGUGUUCCACAACCUCUUGGGGGAAAUAGAUCAGCAGUACAGCCGCUUCCUGCAGGAGAAUAAUGUACUCUACCAGCAUAACCUGCGCCGAAUUAAACAGCAUCUGCAGAGCAAGUACUUGGAGAAGCCGAUGGAUAUUGCCCGCAUUGUUGCCCGUUGUCUUUGGGAGGAGCAAAGACUGCUGCAGACUGCCACCUCUGCUGCACAGGAUGGCCAGGCAGCACAUCCCACUGGGACGGUAGUGACAGAGAAGCAGCAGAUCCUGGAACACAACCUUCAGGACAUCAGGAAGCGGGUGCAGGACAUGGAACAGAAGAUGAAAAUGCUUGAGAACUUGCAGGAUGACUUUGACUUCAAUUACAAGACAUUGAAAAGCCAAGGAGAGUUGUCCCAGGACCUAAAUGGGAAUAGCCAAGCAGCUGCUACCAGACAGAAGAUGGCUCAGCUUGAGCAGAUGCUGAGUGCCCUGGACCAACUCAGGAGGCAAAUUGUGACAGAGAUGGGAGGCCUGCUGACUGCCAUGGAUUAUGUUCAGAAGAACCUGACAGAUGAAGAACUAGCAGACUGGAAGAGACGGCAGCAAAUUGCCUGCAUUGGAGGUCCACCUAACAUCUGCCUGGACCGCCUUGAAACAUGGAUCACGUCCUUGGCUGAGUCCCAGCUCCAGAUUCGUCAGCAGAUCAAGAAGCUGGAGGAGCUUCAGCAGAAGGUAUCCUACAAAGGAGACCCCAUCAUCCAGCACCGGCCCGCCCUGGAGGAGAAGAUAGUGGACUUGUUCAGAAACCUGAUGAAGAGUGCUUUUGUGGUGGAAAGACAGCCUUGUAUGCCCAUGCAUCCAGACAGACCUCUGGUCAUAAAAACAGGAGUGCAGUUCACAAAUAAAGUCAGGUUACUGGUGAAGUUUCCUGAACUCAAUUACCAGCUGAAAAUUAAAGUCUGCAUUGACAAGGAAUCUGGAGAUGUGGCUGCAAUUCGAGGGUCAAGAAAGUUUAACAUCCUCGGUACCAACACAAAAGUUAUGAACAUGGAGGAAUCCAACAAUGGCAGCCUGUCAGCAGAGUUUAAACACUUGACCCUGAGAGAACAAAGGUGUGGUAACGGUGGCCGGACCAAUAGUGAUGCCUCUCUGAUUGUCACAGAGGAGCUCCAUCUUAUCACUUUUGAGACAGAAGUCUACCACCAAGGCCUGAAGAUCGAUCUGGAGACUCAUUCCCUGCCUGUGGUCGUCAUUUCAAACAUCUGCCAGAUGCCCAAUGCCUGGGCCUCCAUUCUGUGGUACAACAUGCUCACUAACCACCCAAAGAAUGUGAACUUCUUCACCAAGCCUCCUGUGGGGACGUGGGACCAAGUGGCAGAGGUCCUAAGCUGGCAGUUUUCCUCCACUACCAAAAGAGGCCUGACCAUUGAACAACUCACCACACUGGCUGAGAAAUUACUAGGGCCUUGUGUCAACUACUCUGGCUGUCAGAUCACUUGGGCCAAGUUCUGUAAGGAAAACAUGGCUGGCAAAGGCUUCUCCUUCUGGGUGUGGUUGGACAACAUCAUUGACCUGGUGAAGAAGUAUAUCCUGGCACUGUGGAAUGAAGGGUACAUCAUGGGUUUUAUCAGUAAGGAGAGGGAGAGGGCCCUUCUGAGUCCAAAACCUCCCGGCACUUUCCUGUUGCGCUUCAGUGAGAGCAGCAAGGAGGGGGGCAUUACGUUUACGUGGGUGGAGAAAGACAUCAGCGGAAAAACCCAGAUCCAGUCUGUGGAGCCUUACACCAAGCAGCAGCUCAACAGCAUGUCUUUCGCUGACAUCAUCAUGGGCUACAAGAUUAUGGAUGCAACCAACAUCCUGGUUUCACCGCUCGUGUACCUCUAUCCUGAAAUCCCCAAAGAGGAAGCUUUCGGCAAAUACUGCAGGCCAGAAGCAGCUCCUGAGCCUGAGAUUGGAGGAGACCCGACGGGUAUUAUUCAACCAUACCUGAAGACAAAGUUUAUCUGCGUUACCCCGUGUCCCUCUGUGUUCAUGGACUUGCCGGACAGCUGUGAGCUGCUUGGGAACGGAUUCCCAGGCACUAACUCUGGAAAUACCAGUGACCUGUUCCCCAUGUCGCCUCGCACCCUCGACUCCCUGAUGCACAAUGAAGCUGAAGCCAAUCCAGGACAUUUGGAUUCGCUCACUUUGGACAUGGACGUAGCAUCGCCUAUGUAGAGAGAUUGGUCUCUUCUUCCUUUUUGUUCUUUCUUUGAUGUUAUGUUGUGGUAGAGGAUUCCAUGAUGAUUUCUUUCUCCCUCUGUACACACGGUCUGACUGUACAGUUUCAUGUUCCUGUGUUAAAUGAAAAUGAAUCACUUUCACACCAUAGGGAAUUGGAUGAUUUUGAAAGAUGUUCUUUUAAAAAAAAAAGCGUUCUGACUGUCCACUUGUAGCUUAGAGAGUGAAACACGUCCACUGAUACUAACCUGUAUUUUAAGCAGCGUCCUGCUACCAUUAAGUACUUUCUUCGUCUCAAGUACCUACUAAGUAUCAGGAAUUGUAUUUUUGAAAACAUUGUAUUUUUGUGUUUUGGACUUUUAGAAAUGGUUAUGAAUUAAUGUGUUCUUUACUUUUGAAUAAGAAAAAUUGAUGUAUAAGCUAUGCCGCUUUUGAACUUAUGCUUUGAUCAGUUUUUAAUGCAUUUUCUGUAUGUUUUGUUACAUUUUUAAUCCCUGCCAAAUAUAAUGCCACAGGUAUUACACAAUAACUAGGUUUCAGUUAAAAUAGCCUCUUUUUUUCAGAGCCAUUUGAAAAGAUAAAGAAUUAAAGUUGCCCCCUGAUAGUGCUGUGAGAAAUAUUGUGAAAUGACCAGUAGAAGUGGUGCUCUGAUUUCCACUGCCACUUAUAUACUGUAAUUUGUGAUCAUGUGAACUGCACUUGCUUUUGAAAUUCGUCAUUUUGAUAUUUUUGCUGUACCUCAAAUCACCUGAUUUCACCACAUAUGUAAUGUGAAUCAGCUAAAAACUAUUUGAUUUAGGACACACCUGAUAUCAAAAUAACCAUGGAUGUUAAAGAAGGAUAUUUCACUCUAACAGAGUGUACACAGUGAGAUGUGUAGUGGUUGACUUUUAACCUUUUCAUACAGUUAAACAAACCCUGUCAGAUGAGUCUAAUGCAAUCCAGAUUUGUUUGUCUGUCAUGCCAUGAAAUGUCAAGAGAUUUUCUGUAAAAUAUGCUGUAACUAUUCCUUAUUUUACAGAAUGCAAUAAAGAACAAGUUAGCACUAAAA